GUGUGCCCCAAGUUGCGCGCCCCGUCCCGGAACGCAGGCGCGGCUGUGCAGGCCCGGCUGUGCAGGCCCCCGGCUGGCUCCUCGGGGAGGAGGCGGCUGUCCUGCAGGAGGCGCGCUCCGGGCUGAGACCUGGGGCAGGAGCGCGUCACGGCGGGCGGGUGGGGCUGGCGGGAAGACCGCGAGGGAGGGCGCGUCUGGGGGCACCGGUGACCCGCGGGUGGGGGUAGAAAGCUUGGGCCGAGCCAGCGACGGGGAGAGUCGGCGAGUCCGCUUCAGAGUCCAGGCUGUGACAGGAGGGCAGGGGCCUGCAGGGAGCCUUAGGUGCGGCGCCGGCCCCCGGGAGCGGCAGGUACCGCGCGGCGCGACCCCGGGACCUCGGGCGCCGCGGGAGGGAGGCAGGGAGGGGCCCCAGCGAGGAGCCCAGCCCACCCGAGCAGGGUCAGGGUCACCCGAGGCGGCACCCGCGGAUCCCGGGCCACCACGCCGGCAGGAAGCCGUCCCAGGACCCAAAGUGUUCUUUAGGAAACACACAUCACUUGUGUCGCCUCCUUGCAUGAAACUCCCUGGCUCUCACAGUUCACGCCAGCCUUUCCCAUGGCUUCUGAGCCUCCUGCUUCCUGGCCCCAUCUCCCGCUCUGGCUCCCACCUGCCACUGAUGAGUUCAGCCACGCCGUCCUUUUGGAUCCAGCUGUUCAUCUGGAUUUAUCUGUGGCAUGCUCAAACUCAAAGCUGAAAGAGGAAUAAAUUCCAAGUGUCAAAGGCUGUGUCUUCUUGAACCCAGGACUUGCUAGUGUGUUGCAAAGAACCUCUGUCCUCAUACUAGCCAAUCACCAUGGAAAAAAUCAGCUCCUUCUUCAGUUCUAUCUGGGACACCAUCCUGACCAAACACCAAGAGGGCCUCUUCAACACCAUCUGCCUGGCUGUCCUCCUAGGUCUACCAUUAUUGAUGAUCCUCACCCUCCUCUUCGUCUGCUGCCAUUGCUGCUGGAGCCGAGCAGCCAAGAACCAACAACAGCCAGAACGACACAAGAAAAAGAAGAAGAAGGAUGAAGAAGACCUCUGGAUCUCGGCUCAGCCCAAGCUCCUCCAGAUGGAGAAGAGGCCGUCACUGCCUAUCUAUUAGCAGUCAGCACAGGUGUCCUUCCUCUGGGGCCAAACCUCCUUCCAACCACACAGAGACUAGGGAGAAGGACUCUCUGAAAUGAUGCACUCAUGUCCACAGAGUAGCUACUCAACCAAGGCACAAAUCUCAGACUGAGUGUCCCAAUGGAACACACUCCCAGGAGAGCACAUGAACAAUUCUUGCACUGCCUUGGCAGCUAUGUGUCCAAUAGCAAUGCUUUUUGCUACAGAACCAGACAUGCAUUCCACCUGUCUCCACCAUUCCCCAUAAAUAAAAGCACAAGGAACAUUCACCUAUAUGUGUUGACAUGGCUUCCAAGUGUACAUACACACACCAGUGACAUGCAAAUUCAGACAACAGGUACAUGGGCAAAUAUAUUCUGUUCAUCAGAUAGCCAUUGAAUGCAUACUUCAUGCAAGGCUGUACAUUAUCUACACAUGUGGAAAUGUUUCACAAAAAAGUGUGCCCAGGUUUAGGCACACAUAUACAACUAUUUAGCCAGGCAAGACUCCUGCACACUGUCAAUUCCAUAUACCACUCAGGUUGGAGUCAUAUGCUUUCCUAUUCCUAUAUUUACAUAGCCUUUUACUGGAAUAUUCACAUUUGGAGAUUCCAGCAACCUGGUACAGUCCUCUCCCAGUAUAUACUGAUAUGAACACACCAAGUUCCUGUACUUCUGGCCCCUUACCUGUACCUAAAAGUUUAAAGUAUGAUGGAUAAAAAUUCAUUGAAAGCUCUUUUCUUGGAACUAAUGUCAAGGUCCUCAUUACCACUGAUGGAUAUUUAAUGUCCAAGACCUCUCUGGGAUGCUACCCCUUAACCAAGGUGGACUUUUCCAAGUAAAAACAAACCACUCUUGGCAGUGACUGCUAGCAAGUUAUGGAAAGCCACUGAUUUACUUCAGUGGGCUGCAAUUAUGUACCUGUGCAAUGCACGUUUUACAAUGGAAAGGGUAAUAAGAUGCUGCACCUGAGCUUGGUAUCUUCUUUGUAUGCAAAUGUUUUCAGUAGGGAAGGAAUUAAAGACAGCCACCAGUACAGUCUCAAAGAAGGCACACUGGAAAUGAUUUCACAAGUGUGCAAUGGGUGCAUGGUAUGUUGCAGGAAUGCAGGAGUAACAGUUUAAGUGAAACUAGGCUGAAUCUAUAAAAUGUUUAUUAAUAUUUAUCUUGAAGCUCAGGCAAGUAGGUACUCAUAACUGUGGUUGCUGUUGGCUAUGUGAUAAGGGUAAACUUGUAAUACCUCACCAUUCCCCCAAGUGACCUUCUCUUCAACCAGAGUCCCCUAAUUGCUGCAGUGGACCAGACUCAGUGUUGACUUGCAGGACACUAUGUGCAGGACCAAAGGCUGAGCUGACACAUGUGCCCUGAGGUACAUAAGGACAGUAAACAAGAUCUGCAGUGAGUUGCAAGUUUCUCCCCUGCCCCAGACUGAGAUUUAGAAGCAGAGUUAAUCCACCUCUAGGAUGAGCUGGUUGUGUUUUGAUUCUGAUUGUGACAACAUUACAAAGAUAGAUAAUUCCCAACUUGGGAGUAGAUUGUAUUCUAACAGUUCAUUUGCAAAUCUGCCAGGGAGCUUUCUUGAAAUAUUUUCCCAUGGAAGCUGUUCUAGACAGUGGCAAAAUCACUGUCUAAUUAAUAAGAUAGCUAAGCUAUGACAGUUACAGUGGCAAAAAACCAAAUCCAAUAACUGUGUGAAUGGAAAGAUGUACUGUUUGCUCACUCAGGUUACCUGUCACUCACCUACCCUCCCAGUGUACCCUGGCCCUUGGACAGUGGGUAACUGCUAGUGACUCUGUUAUCAGGAUCUCCUAACAGAUAACCACGUGAAUCAUAAUUUAGGCCUGCAUACAUUUUAGAGCUAGCCACCCUGUCACUCUACAUAGCCCUACAUUCCCUUGGCAUUCAGGCCUAGGCAUUCUGAUUAUCCAUCCCUUUGUCACAGGGACAGCUUGUACUGGAGCACCCAGCUGUCCCCUGCAUAUCACAGGAUGGCAGUCAUCUCCCACACCACAUGCCUCCCAUGUCUACUGCUGCCCACCAGGAUGAGUUGGUCUUCCCAUCUUCACCUCUCAAUCCCAUAAAGACGACUUGGGGGAGAUGUGGGAGCUGACAGCCAAGACGGGGUGUCAGAUGUGAUCCAGGACAAUGGAUCACCAGGAUCAGGGACCAUGGUCUCCAUGGCAACUGGCUGCCAGUUUGAGUUAAGACAGCAGUCAACUGUCAUUCCUGAGAUAAGUCCUCUGUCUCCCGGCACAGCAUCCCUGCUGUCUCCUAACCCAAUGGACUUGCUCCAGCUCCAGCCAUGAAACACCCAGAAACUUCCUUCUCCAUCGCUUCCAUAGCAUGGGACCCAGAACCCCCCAAAAUGAAUGGGAUUUACCCCCACCCCAGCCUUAUGGAGUACCCAGAAUAGUGCUGGGCUCACAAUGGGCCUCACAUUCUUACUGGAUCAAUGGAAAUGUGAAAGGAGCUAAGGCAGAUGUCCUUUUCAUUUUCUUCUCACUUUAUUCUUACCUGACUUUCCCAUUCCUUUCUUUUCUCUGCACCAUGCCAGUUCUGUCCCUCUGUUCCUCUUCACUUUUACUGGCGACUGGUGGAACCUCAACCUGAGCCCAUCUGGGGAGGGUACAUUAAUGAGGAACAGAAAUGAUUCAUACAGAAGAGGCUUCCCAAGCCAGCACAAGCCCAAGAGGACCCUCAUCCCCUCACUUUCUGAACAGCCUCACCCAGACUCAGGUGACAUCAGGGGUCUUUUUUCCUUUGUCAAUGGAAUUGCUUUUUGUUUUUUUUUAAUUUCUUGGGGAGAAAGAAAAAGCAGAGGAAAAUGCAUAAAAAGGCAGUCACCUUUAAAAGAAGAAUUCAAGUGGCCAAAGCUGUAUAGUAGGCCCGGGGAUUUAGCUCAGUGGUUCUGCCGCCUGCCUUGUAGACACAAGGUCCUGAGUUCGAUCCUUGGUACCAAAAAAAAAAAAAAAAGCAAAAACAAAAACAAAAAACAAA